UUGGACGACACGUUUCAAAGAUGCCACCCAAGGGAAAAACCGGUUCUGGAAAAGGGAAAGGGGGAGCAGCCUCUGGAGGUGACAAUUCUGACAAGAAGGCUCAGGGUCCCAAAGGUGGUGGCAAUGCAGUAAAGGUCAGACACAUUCUAUGUGAAAAACAGGGCAAAAUCGUGGAAGCCAUGGAAAAGUUAAAGUCUGGAAUGAGAUUCAGUGAAGUGGCUGCACAAUAUAGUGAAGAUAAAGCCAGGCAAGGGGGGCACUUGGGUUGGAUGACCAGAGGGUCCAUGGUUGGACAUUUUCAAGAAGCAGCAUUUGCCUUGCCUGUAAGUGGGAUGGAUAAACCUGUGUUUACAGACCCAUCAGUUAAGAUAAAAUUUGGAUAUCAUAUUAUUAUGAUUGAAGGGAGAAAAUAAAUCAUAUGAAAGACUGAAAAAAAAAA